AUGGCGCUGUCCCUGUCCCCUGUCGCGGCCUGGCAAACUCCGGCCAGGGGGGGAGCGGCGAGGAGCUGCAGCCCCCAGAGGAGGAUACCGAGGUCCCGCAAACUGGGCCCCACGGGGCCCCACGGCCCCCCGAAACGGGGCCCCGAUAGACGGGCCCCGGGGGACACCAAAGUGCCGCCAGAGAGGGUGCGCCAGGUCCCCACUAGUUUCCCCAAGUUCCACCCGAGAGGCCCCGUUCCCCCCAAUUUUUCCCCACUUUCCCAAAUCUUUUCCCCAACUUUGCUGUGUCCCCGAUUUCCCCCCAUCUUUUCCCCCCAUCUUUUUCCUGCUUUUCCCCCCAAUUCCCCCGGGGUAUCUCCCCCGUUUUUCCCAUUUUUCCCCACUUUUCCCCGAUUUCCCUCAGAGCUGUCGGCGGCCGGCAGCCGCCUGGUGGACGCGGAGCUGGAGCGGGCGCUGCAGGGCGUGCGCAGCAUGGAGGCGCUGCUGGAGCGCAGCGACCGCGGGCACCGCCAGCUGCUGCGAUCCCUGGAGCUGGCACAGCGCGGGAAAGAGGAAGCGGUGCAGCUGGCGCGGCAGAAGGAGCAGGAGCUGUCGGCGCGGGGCGAGCGCUGCAACGCCUCGGUGCAGGCGCUGUGGGAGAGCUGCAAGCCCUGCCUGCGGCAGCGCUGCCUCCGCUUCUACUCCCGCACCUGCCGCAGCGGGGCCGGGCUGGUGGGCCGCCAGCUGGAGGAAUUCCUGAACCACUCCUCUCCCAUCUCCAUCUGGGUGGACGGCGAGCGCCUGGACUCGCUGCUGGAGCGCGACGAGCGCCAGGAGCGGCAGCUGCAGGAGCUGGAGGAGCGCUUCGGGCUGCUGGAGGACGGCGUCCAGGACAUUUUCCGCGACAGCUCCCGGGUCCAGGGCCGCCUCCACCCCUUCUUCCAGGCUCCCUUCGGAGGCUUCCGCGAGGCGCCGGCGGUGCAGCGGCUGCGCCUCCCGCGCCGCUUCCGCCGCUUCUCCGGGGACUUCUUCCCGUUCUUCCCGCAGCGCCGUGGAGGCUUCCAGCAGCUCUUCCAGCCGCUCUUCCAGAUCACCCAGCGCAUGUUGGAGGACGCCCAGGGUGGCUGGGAGAAUCCCUCCGGAGAGUUUGGGACAGAAUCCCGGAAUUUCAGCAAUGACCGGAUGGUUUGCCGGGAGAUCCGGAGGAACUCGGCCGGCUGCCUGCGGAUGAGGGAUGAGUGCGAGCAGUGCCGGGAGAUCCUGGCCCUGGACUGCGGGCAGGAGGAUCCCUCGCAGCAGGAGCUGCGGGAGCAGCUGGAGGACGCCGUGCGCGUGGCCGAGCGCUUCACGCGCCGCUACGAUUCCCUGCUCCGGGAAUUCCAGGAGGAGAUGCUCAACACCUCCGGCUUGCUGGACCAGCUGAACCGCCAGUUCGGCUGGGUGUCCCGCCUGGCCAACCAUUCCAUGGGCUCCGACGGCUUCCUGCAGGUCACCACGGUGCUGUCCAAGGCUCCGAACCCCGAGGAUCCGUCGGCGCCGCCGGACACGCAGGUGACGGUGCAGCUCUUCGACUCGGAGCCGCUGGCGCUGACCGUGCCCGGGGACGUCCCCUGGGACCACCCCCGCUUCAUGGAGAUCGUGGCCCAGCAGGCGCUGCAGCACUUCAAGGAGAACGCCAUAGAGUAGCCGGGCAAUGCCGCCGCUGCCGCCGCCCCUCCGGAUCCCCCUUCCCGGGGGGAAUUGGCACCAUCGCUGCCACCUCUCCCCUCCUGACCCUUCCUGCUGCCAGGACCCUCCAAGGGGCCCCAGACGGAAAAUAAAGGUAGAGUUGAACACCCUGGAAA